AUGGUGGAGAAGUUGAACCUGCAACCAACCAAGCAUCCUAAACCCUAUAGGUUGCAAUGGUUGAAUGAUAGUGGAGAGGUGAACGCCUCCAAGCAAGUGAGAGUUCCGUUUAGCAUUGGAAAGUAUGAUGAUGAAAUCCUUUGUGAUGUAGUUCCGAUGCAGGCUAGCCAUUUGUUGUUGGGCAGGCCAUGGAAUUUUGAUAGACGUGUGCAACAUGAUGGCUACAGUAACAAAUACUCGUUCGAAUUUAAAGGAAGCAAAAUCAGACUUGUUCCUUUAACUCCGAAGGAAAUUUAUGAAGAUCAUGUCAAGCAGGAGAAAGCACAUGAACAUGGCAGCAACGUCUUGAGUGACCAUGAGGUAGAUCACAAAAAUGGAGAGUUCUUGAGAAAAACCCAGAAACAGACCUUUGACAGCAAACCCGAGAGGAAACAAAAGAAUUUCUUCAUGAGAGCUUGUGAGGAGUACAAGGACGUUUUCUCCAAAGACAUUCCCCGAGGAUUGCCGCCGGUUCGUGGCAUUGAGCAUCAGAUUGACUUUGUUCUGGGUGCAAGCAUUUCAAACAAACCAGCCUAUAGAAGUAACCCUGAGGAAACGAAGGAACUUCAAAGGCAAGUCAAUGACCUGCUAGACAAAGGAUAUGUGAGGGAAAGUAUAAGUCCAUGUGCUGUUCCAGUUCUACUUGUGCCGAAGAAAGAUGGUACUUAG